AUGACGAUCAUUAAUAUUUUGCUCGUCUCAAUUUUAAUAGUUAUAGAUAUAGCUUUAGCAAAUCCAACAACUUUGAAAACAAAUGUGACGGAUAAAGUUGAAAGUAGUAAUAGCACGAGCGAACUAAAAGAAGAAAUACCUGAUGAAGGCUGGGAAUAUGAAAACUCCACUUAUGUCGAUACUAGAAGAAUUUUGUAUAGUAAAAGGGUUCUUGCUGGGAAAAGACCUUAUAUGGUCUAUCUUCAAUUAACAAAAGAAUCAGCUAAAGCUCAUAAAUAUCGCGGCUGGUUAUGUGGUGGCGUCAUAUUGCAUCAGUACUAUGUGCUAACAUCAGCAGCUUGUGUUGAAGACGCGGACCAUUUCUAUAUAGUGUCUGGAACGACUAAAUACGUUGACAGCUUUGAUUAUAAAACAGAUGACUGCGUCUGCAAACACAGACGGAAAGUUGUGUGGAAAUGUAUUCCUAAAAAUUAUAAAUUCGAUUUCCAAGACAGUAUUAAAUGGUCAUCUAACGAUAUUGCGAUCGUAAAAGUAGACAGGCCAUUUAAGCUCGGAAUCAUAGAGAAAGAUUGCGAGUUUGCCACCGAUCUUGUUUGUUAUAAUAAUAUAAGUCGCGAACUUGAAAAGGCUGGAACUAAAGGCUAUAUUGCUGGCUGGGGAAGCGGUAACAACUUUAGAGAGGGCGUCUAUCGUCGUCAAAACGGUCAUAUACCAACAAACUCAAAAUACCUUCAAGAGGCUAAAGUUUGCGUCAUGGACAAUGAGCAAUGCGCUAAAAAGUGGGCCCAGCGUUUUAGGAGCAUCAUCACACAAUAUAUGAUCUGCACCAAGGACGUGAUGAAACGUCUCAGCGAGAUAUGCGAUAAAAAAUACGCGAAUUGUACCGACGUAGAGACAAGACGUAUAGGAAUGGACGAUGAAUUGAACGAUGAUCGAACAGACUUUCGUGUAGACCUUGGACGUCACCUACGAGAUCCCGAUGACUAUACAGCAAGGCGGACUACCAAACAGGGAGGAUUUUGUGAGAACGAUCAUGGAGGUCCUCUAGUAGUGAAAUAUCAAGGGAAGGAGAGAGUUAUCGGUGUAAUAUCAGCUUGCAAGAUAGACCCAAAAACUCACAGCUGUCAUGGACCCUUCCUAUAUACGAGCGUCUUCAUGAACAGACAAUUUAUAUCUUGUGCCAUCAACAAGGACGUAGAAGAAAACUGCCGAAGAGUGUUCCGUACUGGUAUAACACAUGAAGAAUGGUCCGUCAAUUGGGAUGACAAAGCCGAGUAA